AUGGAGUUUGUCUACCCCUUAUUGUCAAAUACCGGAAGUAAUAUGGGCCUUCUUCUCAUUGGACACCCAAAACCCAAGAAGCUUUUUCAAAUAACUUCUGAAACUAAAGUUUUUGCUGUAGAAGAACAAGAGGUUUACUUGAAGUUGCGAAAGUUUAAAACUGCUACUCUCUUUGUUUUAACGAUCCAUAUUCAAAGAGCAAACCGCCCCAAAAAAUUAAAGCAUUUACAUUUGGGUUUUGAAAAUCUUCAAAAUGCCGAAAUCUGGAAGGAGGCAAUAGUUCAGCAAACCAAGAAAAUAAAAGAAAUCGAUGUUGCUGCUGCAAUACAGACGGAAAUCUCCACAGCGUUAAGCCCGGAAUCGGCCUCUUCUGAUUCGGAAGAGAGCCUUUCUUCCAUAAAACUGAGGCUUUAUAACGAUACACACACUCUCUCCGAUUCCAGCCUUUUUAGGACAAACGAAUCAAAAUAUCGAGUUCUCGAGAGUACCAAAGGUUUUCAACUACUGGAGGAAGUGGAAAACUCCGGAACUUUUAUCAUUAUUGCAGAAGUACGAGAACACGCUCACCACGUAUUCGAAGAGUUCCAGCUUUUUUCUCCCGGAAUACCUUCUUCCCCUCUAUCAGUAGUCAAUGAUUCUUUGAUCGAAAGCGUCAAGUUUUUAGACACUUCCGAGGCCAAUCAAGACCUUGUUUGCGUUUCCUUCAUGAAACCAACUUUCUGGCUCGGCCGUCGUAGAGUAGUGCUGGAGCGAAUGUGGCGACUGGAAAACGGCAUAUACACGCUUUACUUCCACAGCGCUCCCCACCAGGAUGGAGGGAUCGGCUUGAUCUCGCAGCUUUCCCGCCUUCUCCUCCCUCUGUCUAACCUAUGGAGACCUCUACCCCUGCAAGUGGAGGGCGGCAUUACCAUCCAUCCGGCUAGCGGUGUAGCCGCUGGAAACAGCUGUCUGGUGCACUAUGCAGUUCGCUUUAUAAAACAAGGCAUGGCUGAGUGGCUGCCGGGUUGCCGUAUUCUGGACCGCUACUGGCUACUUCCCUUUGUCAGCCAAGUUAAGCGGGUUCAACAAACCUUUGAGUUUUCGCAGUAUGAAAACGGCAUCAGUGCACUGGAAAGAAUUCACGCCCUUGUACGAGCGCACAAAGCGAAAGAAGCAGCUCCAAAGCAACUUUCCUUCCGAGGCUCCAUUUUAGUGAUGGAAGCGGUCAACAAAUUUAAAAGUUUGCUUCAUAAAAGAGCUAGCAGAGUGGGCGUUCCCAUUCCAAGCAAUGUUUCGUGUGUCAUGUGGUACGACCCAGGGCCCGUUAAUUUCCAUGUGCGCGGCGACAAUUACUUUGAGGACCACAUUAAAAUACCAGCGAAGAGACCUCUCAUGGCCUUCUGCGCUCUCGAAAUAGUCGAGUGCGAGCCUCCUCGAAACGUGCAUAUGAUAGACAGACGGGCAGAUCAUCCGCUUCACUUUCCGAAAGCAAAAGAGGGACCUUUUACGCUCAUCAUCAACAUGAUGACCGGAGAAGGGCCUCCCCAUUUAAACUUCCUAUUUUAUUUCCGCCCUCGAAAUUUUGAAGACUUUGAGAAGCACACAAAGUUUGGGCAAUUGUGGCAAAAGUUUAUGGAAGGCAGUAAAGAAGAGCGGGACACCCGGAUGAAGUUGAUCCCUUCCGUGCAGGACGGCGGAUGGCUGGUCAAACAGCUCGUCGGGACAACUCCCGUCAUUAUUGGCAAAAAGCUGGAAACGCACUACUUUGAAGGAGAAAAUUAUCUCGAAAUUGACAUCGACACGAACUACUCAAGCACUGCUCGCAAAGUCAUAGGGAAGCGCGCCGUUGCCCCGCCGUUUAUUAUGUCUUUUAAGAUACCGUCUGCAGGUAUGUGCCUUAAGGCCACCAAGUCACUCAUGGUCGAUCUGGCGUUCACUAUCGAGCCCCACGGAAAAAGCGAAUUACCAGAGCGGUUGCUGGCGGUCGCUCGCUUGAAUAAACUCGACGUGACGAGCGCCAAAAAGUUAAAAUUGUAAGUCAGAAUGGCGCAAGGAACGCUCUUUACUGAAAUGAGCGCAAAGCAAAGUAAAGAUUGUCAAGCGCUGUUGUGGCUCUCCUCUGCACGACAUGCCCUACUUACCGUGCCCCGUUAGCCUUUUUUAAAAAUCAAAGAAACUUAUAAACCUUUUAUCGUUCUUG